GAUGAAUACAAAACACUAGAGUAUAAUUCCAUUUAUCUUAACAAUUUAAAAAAAGGAAAACCAAGAGGUAAUGGAAAGGCAUCUUUAAUACUGGCUGCUACUCAAGUUCCUCCUCAACCUCCUAGGUUGCCUGAGCAUGUCGAGGAAUGUCAUGAUGAUGAUGAUUACAUUCCUGAUGGGGACAUGAAUGAAGAGGUAGAUACAAAUGGAGAAAUAAAUGAUGAAGAAAUGAAUGGUGCAGUGCAAAAUCAUGAAGAAAUGGCAAGAGGAGGUUCUUCAAAAGAUGAGAGAAGAGAUUGGCUUUGGACCAAGAUUCCUAAUACUUCAAAUGCUUGUAGAGAUGAUGAUGAUGGAGCUGAAUCCUCUUAUGCCAUGCUAUCUGGGGAAGCACAAUUACACAUGGUCAUCAUUUAUGAGAAAACCAGCCCAGGAAUAAAUGUUGUGAAAUCAAGGAGAAGACGCCCAACUCCCAUUUUGCUCUUGUAUUCCCACCUUUCCCAUCUCUUAUUCGUCUACCAAGUCAGGAUGGACGCCAUGUUCCUUUCUCCCCUUGUGCAGGGGGUGCUGGAGAAAUCCGUUCUCGUGAUCCAGGGUCGCUUGGUGAAUAUUUGGGGCGUCGAGACGGAGCUGGCCAAGCUCCAGAGCACGCUGUCCGUCAUCCAAGCUGUGCUCGAAGACGCCGAGGAGAAGCAGACUACAGACCGGGCGCUGACAACCUGGCUAGCCAAGCUCAAGGAUGCCGCCUACGACGCCGAAGACAUCCUGGACGAGUUCUACUACGAGGAUCUGCGGCGGGAAGUAGCACAACAUCACAGGCAAAUGAUCGAAAAGGUGAAGGGCUUCUUCUCCUCCUGCAUCAACUCUCUCUGGUUUCGCAUUAGAGUGGCCCCAAAGAUCAAAGAGAUGGUGGAAAGACUAGAUGACAUUGCCGCGGAGCGGUCCAAGUUUCACUUGAACACCGCUGGUGGUAUUGGUGGUGGUGGUAACGUUGUUAUGCGGCUUGGAAUGACUGAUAGACUGCAAAGCCAUUCCUUUAUCAUCGAUUCAGAAGUCAUUUCAAGGGAAGAAGACAAAAUGAAGAUUGUGGAGCUGCUCAUCAGUCAAAGUGGAAGCCGGAGUGCUACAGUUGUUCCAAUUUGGGGGAUUGGAGGCCUUGGAAAGACGACGCUCGCACAGAUGGUGUAUAAUGACGAGAGAGUGGUACAACAUUUCCACAAACGGAUUUGGGUCUGUGUUUCGGAUGAUUUUGAUGUCCGGAAGAUUGUUAGGGCAAUUAUUGAAUCGGCUACUAAGAAAAAAUGCAGGGUUUCAGAUAUGGAUCCGUUGCAGGAGGAGCUUAGAGAAAUCUUGAGCGCAAAAAGAUUCCUUCUGGUGUUAGAUGAUGUAUGGAAUGAGAAUGAAGAGAAAUGGUACGGGUUGAAAGAUUUGCUAACCGUCGGCGCAGAUGGCAGUUCAGUUAUAGUGACUACCCGCAGUAAGAUAGUUUCAUCAAUUGUGGGUACGGUCGAGGCUUAUCAAUUGGCUCCCUUGUCUGAGCAGGACUGCUGGAUUUUGUUCAAGAAGCGAGCAUUUGAGAGCACAGAAGAACCCCAGAAGUUGGCAACAAUAGGCAAGCAGAUUGUCAAGAAGUGUGGGGGCUUGCCCUUGGCAGCAAAAACACUAGGUAGCUUAAUGCGCCUCAAGAGUGAGGAGUGGGAAUGGAGGUCUGUGAUGCAGAGUGAAAUUUGGGAAUCACGAGAUGAUGGGAUCCUACCUUCUUUGAGGCUGAGCUAUAAUCACUUGCCUUCCCAUUUGAAACAGUGCUUUUCUUAUUGCGCCAUCUUUCCAGAGCAUUAUGAAAUAGACAAAGAUAAUCUAAUUCAAUUAUGGAUGGCUAAUGGUCUCAUUCCAUCCCAAGGAAAUAUGGAAUUUGAGGAGAAGGGCCAUGAAAUUUUUACUGAGCUGGCAUGGAGGUGUUUCUUCCAGGAAGUAAAGGAAAUUAAAAGAUGGUAUGAUAGUGAUACAAAAACGAUGUGCAAGAUGCAUGACCUCAUACAUGACCUGGCAUCAUCCAUCAUGGCAAAUGAAUGUCAUAUUUUUGACAAUCCUAAAAGCAUUUCAAAUAGAAAUAGCAAAAUCCGUCAUUUGUCCAUAAAUUAUUUUGCAGACCUAUCAAACAUAGACACCUUAUCCUCUGCUAAGACCUUGCGGACGCUAUUGUUAUUGAGUCAUGGUGCACUUGUCAAUCCUCAUUCCCGGGCCACCUUGUCAAAAAACAUGUAUUUGCGAGUGCUAGACUUGAGUUACACUAGCAUAUCAGAUUGUCAUAUAUCUAUGGAGCGUUUCAAACUAUUACGGUACCUGGAUAUCUCUUUCAGUGAUAUUGAAACCUUACCUGGAAACAUAUGUAGCCUCGUUUGUUUGCAAACUUUGAAGCUCAUCCACUGUGAAGGUCUUCUCCAGCUCCCAAGAGGAAUGAGAAACAUGACCAAUCUAAGACAUCUGUACCUUGAUGGUUGUUAUAGUUUAAGGUGUAUGCCCAAAGGGAUGGGGCAUUUGAAACAUUUACGGACACCCACAAGGUAUAUACUUGGCAAUGAGUCUGGAAGUGGCAGCAUAGGAGAGCUGAAGAAUUUAAACCUCCAGGGAAUGCUAGAGUUGUGUAACCUUAAGAAUGUAAAUAGUGAAGAAGAUGCUCGCGAUGUCAAUUUAGGUUCCAAACACUAUCUUCAAGUACUGAAGUUAGACUGGGGGAUGUCAGCUGAUCUACAGGAGGAAGGAAAUGUGGAGAAUGUGCUUGAAGCCCUUCAACCUCCCCACAGCUUAAAAAGGAUCACAUUGCGGAAUUACAGAGGCACCCAGUUUCCAGCUUGGUUGAUGCAAGAUCCAAUGCUCUUUAAUAAUCUAGUUGAAAUCAUUCUGACAGGCUGCAACAGAUGUGAGCAUCUUCCUCAGCUUGGACAACUUCCUUUCCUGGAAAUUCUAGAGAUGGAGAAUAUGGAUUCCGUGAAGUACAUGGGUGGCACCAGUUUCUAUGGCAGUGCAGGCACAGACCAAAACAGUACACUGUUCCCUUCACUGAGCAAAAUCAGAUUGCAUAAUAUGGCUAAUUUGGAAGAAUGGGAGGGCAUUAGAGAGAGACCAUCAUUUCCUCAGCUUGCUAGCUUGAAAAUCAGCAGCUGUCCUAAACUAAAGAACAUUCCACUGUUUCCUACAACUCGAAAUCUUGAGAUAGAAUAUUGCUCAGCCCUCCUUCCUGCCAAAGGGUUCUUCGGAUGUAUGAAAACUCUAGAAAGAUUAGAAAUGCAUGAGUGUCCCAAACUGACACUGCAUGUGGAGCAGGAGGAGGUUGAGACCUGGGCAUCCCUUCAAGAAUUGAUGAUUAGAGGUUGCCAGGAGCCUAUGUUUUCAUUAUCAUCACUGGGGCUCUGGAAGAAAAUGAAGUCUCUCCAGUCUUUAUCAGUAGAAUGGUGUGAUGGCCUAAAUUUCUUGCCAGUUGAGGUUCUCCAAGGUUUGAGCUCCCUCAUGUCUGCGAAUUUGUUAUUGUCGCAACCUAAUUGGCUCAUCAUCAUCAGAAGUAGAUGGUGGGUUGCAAUUGCAGUACCUCACUUCCCUAAUCAGGGGAGAAGACACCCAACUCCCAUGUUGCUCUUCCAUUCCCACCUUUCCCAUCUCUUAUUCGUCUACCAAGUCAGGAUGGACGCCACCAUGUUCCUUUCUCCCUUUGUCGAGAUGGUGCUGAAGAAAUCCGUUCUCGUGAUCCAGGGUCGCAUGGGAAAUAUUUGGGGCGUCGAAAAGGAGCUGGCCAGGCUCCAGAGCACGCUGUCCGUCAUCCAAGCUGUGCUCGAAGACGCCGAGGAGAAGCAGCCUACAGACCGGGCGCUGACAACCUGGCUAGCCAAGCUCAAGGAUGCCGCCUACGACGCCGACGACAUCCUGGACGAGUUCUACUACGAGGAUCUGCGGCGGGAAGUAGCACAACAUCACAGGCAAAUGAUCGAAAAGGUGAAGGGCUUCUUCUCCUCAUGCAUCAACUUUCUCUGGUUUCGCAUUAGAGUGGCCCCAAAAAUCAAAGAGAUGGUGGAAAGAAUAGAUGACAUUGCCGCGGAGCGGUCCAAGUUUCACUUGAACACCGCUGGUGGUAUUGGUGGUGGUGGUGGCAACGUUGUUAUGCGGCUUGGAAUGACUGAUAGACUGCAAACCCAUUCCUUUAUCAGCGAGUCAGAAGUCAUUUCAAGGGAAGAAGAUAAAAUGAAGAUUGUGGAGCUGCUCAUCAGUCAAAGUGGAAGCCGGAGUGCUACAGUUGUUCCAAUUUGGGGGAUUGGAGGCCUUGGAAAGACGACGCUCGCACAGAUGGUGUAUAAUGACGAGAGAGUGGUACAACAUUUCCACAAACGGAUUUGGGUCUGUGUUUCGGAUGAUUUUGAUGUCCGGAAGAUUGUUAGGGCAAUUAUUGAAUCGGCUACUAAGAAAAAAUGCAGGGUUUCAGAUAUGGAUCCGUUGCAGGAGGAGCUUAGAGAAAUCUUGAGCGCAAAAAGAUUCCUUCUGGUGUUAGAUGAUGUAUGGAAUGAGAAUGAAGAGAAAUGGUAUGGGUUGAAAGAUUUGCUAACCGUCGGCGCAGAUGGCAGUUCAGUUAUAGUGACUACCCGCAGUAAGAUGGUUUCAUCAAUUGUGGGUACGGUCGAGGCUUAUCAAUUGGCUCCCUUGUCUGAGCAGGACUGCUGGAUUUUGUUCAAGAAGCGAGCAUUUGAGAGCACAGAAGAACCCCAGAAGUUGGCAACAAUAGGCAAGGAGAUUGUCAAGAAGUGUGGGGGCUUGCCCUUGGCAGCAAAAACACUAGGUAGCUUAAUGCGCCUCAAGAGUGAGGAGUGGGAAUGGAGGUCUGUGAUGCAGAGUGAAAUUUGGGAAUCACGAGAUGAUGGGAUCCUACCUUCUUUGAGGUUGAGCUAUAAUCACUUGCCUUCCCAUUUGAAACAGUGCUUUUCUUAUUGCGCCAUCUUUCCAAAGGAUUAUGAAAUAGACAAAGAUAAUCUAAUUCAAUUAUGGAUGGCUAAUGGUCUCAUUCCAACCCAAGGAAACAUGGAAUUUGAGGAGAAGGGCCAUGAAAUUUUUACUGAGCUGGCAUGGAGGUGUUUCUUCCAAGAAGUAAAGGAAAUUAAAAGAUGGUAUGAUAGUGAUACAAAAACGAUAUGCAAGAUGCAUGACCUCAUACAUGACCUGGCAUCAUCCAUCAUGGCAAAUGAAUGUCAUAUUUUUGACAAUCCUAAAAGCAUUUCAAAUAGAAAUAGCAAAAUCCGUCAUUUGUCCAUAAAUUAUUUUGCAGACCUAUCAAACAUAGACACCUUAUCCUCUGCUAAGACCUUGCGGACGCUAUUGUUAUUGAGUCAUGGUGCACUUGACAAUCCUCAUUCCCGGGCCACCUUGUCAAAAAACAUGUAUUUGCGAGUGCUAGACUUGAGUUACACUAGCAUAUCAGAUUGUCAUAUAUCUAUGGAGCGUUUCAAACUAUUACGGUACCUGGAUAUCUCUUUCAGUAAUAUUGAAACCUUACCUGAAAACACAUGUAGCCUCAUUUAUUUGCAAACUUUGAAGCUCAUCCACUGUGAAGGUCUUCUCCAGCUCCCAAGAGGAAUGAGAAACAUGACCAAUCUAAGACAUCUGUACCUUGAUGGUUGUUAUAGUUUAAGGUGUAUGCCCAAAGGGAUGGGGCAUUUGAAACAUUUACGGACACUCACAAGGUAUAUACUUGGCAAUGAGUCUGGAAGUGGCAGCAUAGGAGAGCUGAAGAAUUUAAACCUCCAGGGAAUGCUAGAGUUGUGUAACCUUAAGAAUGUAAAUAGUGAAGAAGAUGCUCGCGAUGUCAAUUUAGGUUCCAAACACUAUCUUCAAGUACUGAAGUUAGACUGGGGGAUGUCAGCUGAUCUACAGGAGGAAGGACAUGUGGAGAACGUGCUUGAAGCCCUUCAACCUCCCCACAGCUUAAAAAGGAUCACAUUGCGGAAUUACAGAGGCACCCAGUUUCCAGCUUGGUUGAUGCAAGAUCCAAUGCUCUUUAAUAAUCUAGUUGAAAUCAUUCUGACAGGCUGCAACAGAUGUGAGCAUCUUCCUCAGCUUGGACAACUUCCUUUCCUGGAAAUUCUAGAGAUGGAGAAUAUGGAUUCCGUGAAGUACAUGGGUGGCACCAGUUUCUAUGGCAGUGCAGGCACAGACCAAAACAGUACACUGUUCCCUUCACUGAGCAAAAUCAGAUUGCAUAAUAUGGCUAAUUUGGAAGAAUGGGAGGGCAUUAGAGAGAGACCAUCAUUUCCUCAGCUUGCUAGCUUGAAAAUCAGCAGCUGUCCUAAACUAAAGAACAUUCCACUGUUUCCUACAACUCGAAAUCUUGAUAUAGAAUAUUGCUCAGCCCUCCUUCCUGCCAAAGGGUUCUUCGGAUGUAUGAAAACUCUAGAAAGAUUAGAAAUGCAUGAGUGUCCCAAACUGACACUGCUUGUGGAGCAGGAGGAGGUUGAGACCAGGGCAGCCCUUCAAGAAUUGACGAUUAGAGGUUGUCAGGAGCCUAUGUUUUCAUUAUCAUCACUGGGGCUCUGGAAGAAAAUGAACUCUCUCCAGUCUUUAUCAGUAGAAUGGUGUGAUGGCCUAAAUUUCUUGCCAGUUGAGGUUCUCCAAGGUUUGAGCUCCCUCAUAUGUCUGCGAAUUUGUUAUUGUCGCAACCUAAUUGGCUCAUCAUCAUCAGAAGUAGAUGGUGGGUUGCAAUUGCAGUACCUCACUUCCCUUGAAAUGCUUGCCAUUACAGGAUGUGAGAAGUUAGCCAACCUUCCACAGGACUCACUAAAACACCUCACCACUUUGAAAGUAAUAGAACUAGGUGGCUUCCAAAAUAUGACAAUAUUACCUGAGUUCCCAGAAUCGCUUCUGCAAGCAAUGAUUGCCAAAUGCCCUAAGGUCUUCUCCUUGCCGGCAGGGCUGGGAUGCUGCACAGCACUAGUACGCCUUAGAAUUCAAGACCUACCAAACCUCAGCUCAUGGCCCGAGGGGAGGCAAGGCCUUAAUGCACUUGAGGAAUUGACUAUUACCGACUGCCCUAACCUGAUCUCAUUGCCAAACAGUUUGCUACUGUGCCUUCGUAACCUUAAGUGCUUGUGGGUUAAGAAUUGUCCAGAUUUGGAGAGACAAUGCAUGGCAGGAGGAGCGUAUUGGGGCUUUGUUUCAGAUAUCCCAGUCAGGUCAAUGAUGGCAGCAGUGGAGCAUGACAACAGCGGCAGCAGCAGAGGUUGCUCACUCCUCACUCUAAUGAGUAAAUUUGUUGCCUACUAUGGUUAUGAAUGUAACAGAAGUAAAAUUAAACGAACUUCAUUCAUUUGGACUGACCAGGUCAGCGAUCACGAUUAUCGACAAUUGCGCUGCAGUGCUGCUUUGUUGAAAGCAGAGAAGGAUCUACUAUCUGAUCUCAGACUUCAACAACAUUGA